AUGCAAGUUAAGACCUUUGGGAAGCCAAAGAUUAAGAAGCGAAUUGAAAAUGACCCAAAUACUAGGUUUAGCAAUAUAAAGCAGAUUAUGAAGACUAUACAAGAGGCGAAGGAAGAAACUGAGCGUAUCAGGGCCAAAGAGCCCGAAUUAAUGGCUAAAAAGGCUGCAGAUGAAGCUUUGAAGGCUGGUUUUAAUCGCCCGGCAACAUACUCCGAAUGGAAUCUGAACCCGCGCAAUGCGGACCCGAAACCAAGAAGAGCAUACGACCUUGCGAACUGGAGUAAUAUUGGCCAACAAGUACGGGAGGCCAUGGAGCCAGAGAUUAGUAUUGGCUCCAAAAUAGAGCUGGACGUUACUGUCGAGAAGCUUGUUUAA